AUGAGUAACUUUACAAUUCGUAUUAGAAAAUUUUUAAAUAAUCCAUUAUUGGCUCGUAGACAAUUUGUAGUAGAUGUUAUUCAUCCAGGUAUUGGAGGUAUUAGUAAAGCAGAUCUUAAAGAAAAAUUAGCCAAAUUGUACAAAGUAAGUGAUGCAAAUUGUAUUGUUUUAUUUGGUUUUAAGACAGCUUUUGGUGGUGGACAUUCAUCUGGUUUUGGUUUAAUAUACAAUAAUAUUAGUGCACUAAGAAAAUUUGAACAUAAAUAUCGUCAAAUCCGUAUGGGUAUUUUGGAAAAGAAGACUCCUACAGGACGUAAGGGUCGUAAAGAGACUAAAAAUAGAAGGAAGAAAGUAAGAGGUACUGCCAAAGCUAAAGUAUCUGGUUCUAAAAAAUAA